AUGUCGACGAAAGGCAAUCGGCUUAUCGUCGCUCGUUUACUUGACUACGAGAGUGCAAAGUCUCACGUCAUUACAGUUAAAGUAUCUGACGAUGGAUCACCAUCUCUAACGAUGUCAGCUAAUUUUACUGUCGAGAUACUGAAUGUCAACGAGAAACCGUCGUUACUCUCUUUCAAGAAUGUUGGAGGUCAAAUACAGUUUAGUGAUAAUUUCCCAUCAGUGAACGAAACGAGUGCUGACGGAAGCGGUACGACAGUCGGAACGGUCGUUGGAACGAUGGAAGCGAUUGACGCAGACAGUGGGGACAAGUUGACAUUCUCGUUAGACAACGACGGAGGCGGUCGCUUUUCUCUGUCUCAGAGCACAGCAAAGUGUCAAACAACAACGAACAAGGAUGUAAAGACUGUUUGUAGCAUUCGAAUGAUUGUCGCUGGAACAUUAAACUAUGAAUCAAGCACAGAACACAAUAUAACGCUCAAGGCCACAGAUCAAGAAGGAUUAAUAGUUUCCAAACAGUUUACUAUUAAAGUGAACGACGUCAACGAACAUCCUACGGACAUCAGUGCAUUUGAAGGAGUCUUUCAAGUAAGAGAGAAUGCAAACGGAGCGACAGUCGCAUCUCUGAUCACAACAGAUCCAGAUCGAGGCCAGUCGUUUGUGUACAAAAUUGUGGACAAUCCAACUGGACCUUUUACAUUGGAUGGCAAUGUUCUGAAAGUGAAGCAAACGGGAAACAUCGACUACGAGAUCAAGUCGUCGUAUACAGUUACGAUUCGAUCGACAGACAACGGAAAUCCUUCUCGCAGUUUCACCAAGAAAAUCGUUGUGAAAAUUAUUGAUAUUAACGAAACGCCAACUAGCAUUUCUCUUGCCCACGAUAAGAUAGCAGAAAACAGCGGUACUGGUACGGUUGUCGACGUUCUUCUCAUCAGUGAUCCCGAAACGAGUCAAUCUCAUACGUGUACAAUGUUGGACGAUGCAGAAGGACGGUUUGUUAUGAAUGGUUUGAAUUUAGAGGUACGAGCGUCCAACGCAAGUUGCAUUCAAGCCGGUGGCGCAAAUUGUUUGCUCAACUACGAACAAAACAAACGGCACAAAGUGACUGUACGCUGUACGGACAACGGAAAUCCAUCAAUGUUUAAAGACAAACAGUUUACUAUUAAUGUCGUCGAUCGUAACGAUCCACCGAGAGAGUUGAAACUCAGCAAACAAAGAAUCAAUGAAACGUUUAGUAUUGGAGACGUAAUCGGCGUGUUUUCGGUUGUGGACGAAGACAGCGGUCAAUCGAUGUCGUGUUCACUCACCAGCAACAGCAAUGGUGUAUUUGAUGUGAAGAACUCACAACUUAUUCUUAAGAAAUCGCUCAAUUUUGAACAACAAAAAACUCACAAUAUCGUCGUCGAAGUCACCGACAAUGGCACCCCACCUCUAUCGGUUAGUUUUGCUUUUGCUCUUUAG